CACUCGUCCUGUCCUAUCAAUGCAUCACUCCUGACUGCCUUGUCGUUCGUCGUUACAUUGACUCCCUUUCCUGUUCUGUUAACGUUGACAACAUGUCCCCGCUCGACUUGCUCGAGGAAAAGGCGUUUGCCCUGGCUGGCAAGCUUCGUGAUAGGCGCUUGAAGAGAGAUGCCUACAACAUUGUCGAGGAUCUCAAGCGGUUGAAUACCGCAGAAAAGAAUAGGUUGAUGGAGAAGCAGAUGGAAGAGGAUAAGAAGCGGAAGGAGGAGAAGAAGAAGCAGCAGGAGGAGGAGAAAAAGAAGAAAGAAGAAGAGGAGAAGAAGAAGAAGGAAGAGGAGAGGAAGAAGAAGUUGCCGACUAAGGCCAUCACAGACAUCCCGGGAUACAAGGUGGCGCCGAUGUUUGGUUUGAAGCGCAUGGAGGGCUUACGGGACCCUUUCUGGGUACUCUCGCCCCACGAGAGGAAGCCCAUCCCCGAGUAUCUGAAACAAAUUCUGUCCGAUUACAAUCUCGCCGUCGGCAGAUCCUUUGGAAACGAAGCUUUAAUCCGGACGCGGCUGGAUGCCAUCUUCCUCACGACACUCGCCGCUAAGAAGCGGCUGGAGUUUAAUCAGCCUAGCCACAGAAGCUCGACAUCGUCCCAGGGAUCGUACAAGUCUGUGCAUAUCCAAUUUGAGAAGACUUUCAAACUCGAAUGGGUAUACGACAAGGCCGAAUGCCUUCUACAGGGCCGCACGGAUUACUCUUUCUGGCACAAAGAUGCCAACUUGGCCGAAACCAAUACUAUUAUCGUUGAAGCCAAGGCAGUCGGCAAAAUGGACUGGCACCAGGCUCUGGCUUACAUGAGCAUGAUUCAUCAUGCUCGGCGCCGUGCCGGGAGGCCAGACGUUACGGUAUACGGCAUCGCAACCGAUAGCUUUGAUUGGACCUUCAUCAAGAUCGAUCAAAAUUCUGUGUUCUCAUCCGUAAAGCUAGACUGGGCCGAAGGCCAACAUAUGGAAUGUUAUUCCCUUCUGCAUAAGUUGAUCGACAGAGCCGCGGUUUUGUCCCCGGUGUCGACUCUUAGUGACCGGCUGGCUGGUGUGUGCUUCACUAAUCCAAUGGAAUAG